GCGUGCAAAGUGCUGAGCUCCUGUUUAUGUCACCUGUCUGUCAAUGAGCUAGGUGGCUGCUACACAGGGAUACCUACCAGAGCAAUAAAUUAAAUUUCAACCCAGUAGCUUUAGAUAAAGUAGUAGAUAAAGUCAAGCUGGAGUACCUGAAAAUGACGUUUUAAUGAUGCAGUUGAAAAAACGCAUUGUUAUUCUACUCUGUACCUGCGACAAUUGUGUUAUCUGCUGUUAUGCCACUGGAGGAGACAACAGUGUUCCCAAAAUAUACACAAAAACUGGAGACAAAGGUUUCUCAAGCACAUUUACAGGAGAAAGGAGGCCAAAGGAAGAUCAUAUUUUCGAAGCCUUAGGAAAUACAGAUGAGCUGUCAUCAGCUAUAGGCUUGGCCAGAGAGUUUUGCCUUGACAAAGGUCACACGUUCACAGAUCAAUUGGACAAGAUACAGUGCAUUUUGCAAGAUGUGGGCUCCAAUAUUGCCACCCCUCAAUCAUCUGCAAGAGAAAGUCACAUAAAGAGAACAAAAUUUAGUGCUCAGCCAAUUGCAGACCUGGAAACCUGGAUUGAUAAAUUUACAGAAGAACUUCCUCCACUGACCAACUUCAUUUUACCUUCUGGAGGGAAGGGCAGCGCGGCUUUGCACUUGGCUCGGACAGUGUGUCGGAGAGCAGAGCGCAGCGUUGCUCCAAUUGUGCGUUCAGGCGAGGCAGAUCCAGAUGUUGCCAAGUUUUUGAACAGAUUGAGCGACUACUUGUUCACCGCAGCGAGAUAUGCAGCCAUGAAAGAAGGCAGCGAGGAGAAAAUCUACAAAAGACCUGAAUGACCAGAUUCCCACAUGAUGGAAGAAACUUAUUUGCUUUUGGGGAUGGUUGAGGUUGCACAGAUUUCACUUUUAUUUUAAAUAUAUAUAAAUAAAUAUGAAUGAGGUCCAGAA